AGUAACGUGUUAAAUCAAUUUAAUAAAAAAUCUUAGUGAAAAACAAAAAUCUCGCGCGUUCAGAAUGAACACACGUGUGCUUAUGAGUUUCUUGGGUAAAAAAUUAACUACACGCCAAUGACAAAUAAAAAUUUUUAAAUAUUCUGAUAGAGAAAAAAAAGAGAUACAAUUGAAAUAAGCGCAGAAGAAUCAGCGCACCACAUGGAUACUAAUUACAGAGCAAAUAUCGCAAAGUGGUUACCACCUUCUGAUGGAGCUCUCGACAAAUGGCUCGUAGACGCUUCCUUCUUGGACGAGAAAUUGGGAAAGCUCGCGGGGUGCUUAGCUUUACUUAUCGAGGACUUCGCGGAAGGUCGAAUUUGCGACUUGGAGGUGGUCGAAGAAUUACUAGACAGCUUAGAGGAUUUAAUAGUGUCUUACAAAUCAACAUGCAGCUUGGAAGAGCUGAGCAAUCAUCCGAUAUAUAAAUAUAAAAUAAAUCAUCUGUCGAUGAUAUUGAAACGCAAGCUCAAUGUGGUCGCGAAAUUCGCCAAAGAUUUAAUUAUUGACGUUGUUGAUUGCAAAAGCGAAGAGAAUAUCAGAGUAGUGUUCAGAUUGGUAAAUGCUUACAAUAACAUGCUCGAUAUGAAUCGGGAUGUGUCGGUCUCGUCUGUUAAUGUUUUCUACAACGACUGCCCAUCCAUGCUGGAACCGUUGAAAAAACUUUCUGUAACUAAGAUAUUGCAGAUAUUAGCAAAGAACAGAGCAGAGGAGUCCUGUCACGAACUCAUCGAUUGUCUGUUGGCAAAUUACGAACCUCGUGAAAAAGUCCAGCCUAAUUCUUCAACAAACGAUGUCGACGUUUCGGAAAACUCCAGCAUCGAGAUUUAUCGUGCUCUCACGAGACAUUUAACUCCACCGAUCGCGAGUGCAGCGUCCACGUCCGAAGUAGAGACAUCCGACAUCGAAAGUAUGCAAGCGCUUGUGAACACGCAGAAUGAGCAAGUUCUACGACUUUUGAACGUCGUGCAAGAAGUCUCGCCGCAACUGCUCGGUACAGAUGCCUUGAAGACCAGCAAAGAUAAGACGAAAUUAAGAAGCAGCGCCAUAAAAAAAGUGAAGAACUACUAUCAGGAAGUUGCGUGGGGUUCUCUGUCCGGUAUUUUGGAUCACGUGAUACUCUGGUGGUCCCGAGAAGCCCUCGCGACUCAUCACAGCCACGGUGCUCAGCAUCUCAAAGAUUGGCUGCGGCAGUUCAUUCAGGGAAAUGACAUUCCAUCCACGAUCAGACCAGCGCUGCAAAACUUGUGCGACGCGCUCGGAUACCACACGACCAUCACUGCCUGGGACCAGAUAUUUAGAUUAGCUUACACUUCGGCUUUCAAGUGCCGUUCGAAACCGUCGUCUACCGAGGGAACUAACACGGGCCAGAUGUUCGUCGAGUUGUUCCAAUUGCUGGUUACUCUCAGCAACGAGUGCGAAGUGGGCGGCGAGUGGGUGAUAGGGGCGCCUUUGAUAGAACUACCGUUAUCAGAGCAGAUUGUUGUGUUGCACAGAAUGGACCACUCGGUGCACACGGCGACAUUGUGGGCUAUUCAAGAGGCCAAGACAAUAGCUCACACUUGGAACCUGGAUGUGUUCUUUCUUCUAGUUAAAGGCGACGUGGUGAACUGCCUUGAAGAAUUGUCGUAUCUCAAGCUCGCCGAUCACACAACCGCACUGGCUACGGAUUCCAUUAGCGUUCAAGUAUACGUGUGCGCGAAGAUGAGAGCAAAAAUCGUUUCCGAAGUCAAAGCAAACGUUGAAUUGCUGCAGAGUAGUCCAACUGAAUGCAUCGACACACUUGCAAAAAUCUGUCGUGUAGUCAGCCUCGCAAAUUUGCACAUGUGUUUUCCGCAGUCGAAUUACUGGAGACGAAACAGCAGUGUGACUCCGAUUGCGACCAGUCUUUAUGUAGAGACUUAUUUUGAAAAGGUGUUGCUGCCAGUGUUGGAAGUAAUAGAGGAUCACGAAACGUCGAACAUGAUUCUGCGAAUAAUGUGCGAGGCGUGGCUUGAUUACAUUUAUCUGCAUCGCAUUAAGUUCAGCGAGUACGGUGCGCAACAAUUACUGACGGAUUUCGCAUACGUAUCGACAUGGGUCAACGACUGCCCGAUCAUUUCGCAAAACGUCAGAAGUCACUUGUUGAAGAACGAAGUUUUGCGUCGUUGCGAAGGCGUUGGUAGGCUUCUUCUGAGACAUCCGGGAGAAGCUAUCGCUAUGCGCAAGCGAUUCGCUCGAAGAACGAACGAGCGCGGAUCACCCGAAUCUCCAGGUCUGGAACGCAUGCCAGCUGAAAUGUACGUUCCGAAUCAAGAACAGUGGCUCGAGUUGCGCGCUCCUAAGCGAUAUAACUUUUGCUGUACGGAAUAACAGAAAAAUAAACGAUAGAUUUGCCAAGAA